AUCAAAAACAUAACAAAACAGAACUACAGUGGAACACAGAGUUCCUUUCAACACAAUCCUUUGGAGAGUUUGACAACGCCAGUAUACAAACGAGAAAUCAUUGAGAAAAUGUUUAGAUCCAUUUUUGGACUAAAAUUAUUUACAAGACCUCGGUCUUCAAGAGAUAUGGACUCUUCUACGAAGAAGUCCAAACGAAGGAGUGAGAGACCUUCAUCUCCUGAAGACCUCAACCCUCCGACCAUCUUGAGGGAGCACAGACGAAGGGGUGAGAGACCUUCGUCUAGUGGAGGCACCAACCCUUCUACCAUCAUGAAGGACCACAGGGAAAGGGGUGAGGGCCCUUUGUCUUGUGGAGAAAACCAGCCCUCUACCACCAGGCAGCAAGAACGAAGGGAUGUGACAUCUUUGUUCAUCGUGGGCACCAACCCUUCUACCAUCAUGAAGGAGCGCAGGGGAAAGGGUGAGAGCCCUUUGUCUUGUGCGGAACACAAGCCCUCUACCACCAGGCAGCACGUACGAAGGGGUGAGAGCCCUUCCUCUUCAUCAACUGAAGACAAGCAGCCUUCUACUUCAAGGCGGCAGCAAGCAUGGAGAGGUGAGAGCCCUUCGUCUUCCUCUUCUGAAGAUGACCAGUGUUCUACCACCAGGCAGAGAGUACGAAGGUUUGAGAGCCCUUCCUCUUCAUCCUCUGAAGACGAGCAGCUUUCUACUCCAAGGUGGCAGCAAGCAUGGAGGGGUGAGAGCCCUUCGUUGUCAUCUUCUGAAGAUGACCAGCCCUCUACCACCAGGCUGCUAGUACGAAGGGAUGUGAGCUCUCUGUUCAUCGUGGGCACCAACCCUUCUACCAUCACGAAGGAGCGCAGGCAAAGGGGUAAGGGCCCUUUGUCUUGUGCAGAAAAUCAGCCCUCUACCACCAGGCAGCAAGUACGAAGGUUUGAGAGUCCUUCGUCGUCAUCUUCUGAAGAUGACCAGCGUUCUACCACCAGGCAGCAAGAAAGAAGGGCUGAGAGUUUGGAGGAGGAGGGUUUAAAAAGAGAAAGAGAGAGGUGUGAAGAGAUGAAGAGAAAGAACGAGGAGAAGGAGAGGAAAACGUUUAGUCUGCGUUCAAGAAUGUACAUUUGGUGGCUCAGUUGCAAGAUAGACAACAUUGCCAGGGACAUCCAAUCGACCUUUAUGGAUGAGAGCUACCUCCUGCGUCUUAAUCUCAGAAAUCCAGAGAAAAUGGCAGAAAAAGAACGGCUGCAUGACCUAAGGAGGGAGCUGGUCUUGUACAAACGCAGACAAGAAUUUAAGUUGGAGAGGGAAGUGAGGAAGCAAAGACUGAAGGCAAUGGAGCGCAGGCGAAAGGGUGAGAGCCCUUUGUCUUGUGAGGAAAACACGCCCUCUACCACCAGGCAGCAAGAACAAAGGGCUGAGAGCCCUUCCUCUUCAUCUUCAGAAGACAGGCAACCUUCUACUCAAAGGUGGCAGCAAGCACGAAGGGGUGAGAGCCCUUCGUCUUCAUCUUCUGAAGACGAUGAGCCUUCUACCACAAGGAGGCAGCAACAACGAAGUCCUUUGUCCUUCGUAGACAUCAACCUUCCUACCACCUUCAGGCAGAAUGGAGGAAUUGGUGAGAACCAUUUGCCCUGCAUUGACAUUGACCAGCCUACCAUCUGGUGGGAGCACGUACGAAGGGGUGAGAGACCUUUGCCUCGUGGAGAUUUCAACCCUCCAAACACCUUGAGGCCAGACGGACAAAGUGGUGACAGCCCUUCCUCUACAUCUUCGUCUUCUGAAGACGACGAGGCUUCUACCACAAGGAGGCAGCAAGAAAGAAGGGCUAAUAGCCCUUUAUCUAUCUAUCUGGGUGCAAGAAAGGAGAGAGAGUUCAUUGAAAGAGAAAAGCAGCGUUUGGAGGAGGAGAGUUUAAAAAGAGAAAGAGAGAGGUGUGAAGAGAUGAAGAGAAAGAACGAGGAGAAGGAGAGGAAAACGUUUAGUCUGCGUUCAAGAAUGUACAUUUGGUGGCUCAAUUGCAAGAUAGACCGCAUUGCCAGGGACAUCCAGUCGACCUUUAUGGAUGAGAGCUACCGCAUGCUUCAUGAUCUCAGAAAUCCAGAGAAAAUGGCAGAAAAAGAACGGCUGAUUCACCGAAGGAGGGAGCUGAUCGUGUACAAACGCAGACAAGAAUUUAAGUUGGAGAGGGAAGUGAGGAAGCAAAGACUGAAGGCAAUGGAGCGCAGGCGAAAGGGUGAGAGCCCUUUGUCUUGUGCAAAAAACAAGCCGAACACCUAUCCUAAUUUAGCUUUGGUUAGGUUCUGGCAGAGACCUUAGGGUUAGGGUUAGACCCUAAAGACAGUAGAAAGAAGAAAGUAAGGCAAGAAUAGGUUGAAAAUAGUAAUA